AAAUUUAAAAAAAACUUUGAGAUUAACAGAAAAUAUGGGUGAAGAUCAAGUAAGAAAUAGAAGACCAGCAAACUGCGAGAAAGAACAAGAUGCACAAUCCCAAGAAAGUGAGACUGAAAAGAAAAUGCAGCUGCAAAAAGAGUUUGGCCUCUUCAGUGGUACAUGCCUCAUUGUUGGAACCAUGAUUGGCUCAGGAAUAUUUAUCUCGCCCAAAUCAGUACUAUCAAAUGUUGGAGCUGUGGGACCUUCACUAAUUAUUUGGGCAGCAUGUGGAGUGCUUUCUACUCUAGGUGCACUUUGCUAUGCUGAACUUGGAACGAUGAUUACAAAAUCAGGAGCCGAGUAUGCAUACCUGUUUGAAGCUUUUGGACCAAUUCCUCCAUUCCUGUAUUCUUGGGGAUCUGUGGUUGUUUUAAAGCCAUCUGCCUUUGCCAUUGUUUGUCUCAGCUUUGCAGAAUAUGCAGCAGCCCCUUUCUACACUGCUUGUGAUCCACCUUCCGUGGUUAAGAAGUUCCUCGCUGCAGCUGCUAUCAUUAUCAUUACUGGAGUGAAUGCUUUCAGUGUGAAGAUGGCAUCUUUUAUGCAGAAUUUCCUUACAGCUGCCAAGCUAAUCAUAAUUUUUGUCAUCGUUGUAGCAGGAAUUGUUCUCAUGGCACAAGGAAACACACAAAAUUUAACAAAUACUUUCGAAGGAGCUAAGCUUUCUUUUGGUUCCAUUGGAGUAGCAUUUUAUGGUGGCCUUUGGGCGUAUGAUGGAUGGAAUCAGCUCAACUUUAUUACAGAGGAACUCAGAAAUCCAUAUAGAAACUUGCCGCUUGCCAUAAUCAUUGGAAUUCCACUGGUCACAGUCUGCUAUAUCAUGGUGAAUACGGCAUACUUCACAGUCAUGACGGCAGAAGAGCUCCUGCAGUCCCCAGCUGUAGCAGUGACAUUUGGUGAUCGUGUCCUCUAUCCGGUGUCUUGGAUAGUUCCAGUUUUUGUUGUCCUUUCUACAUUUGGAGCUGCUAAUGGAAGUUGUUUCACAGCUGGCAGAAUUGCAUUUGUAGCAGGCCGGGAAGGUCAUUUGGUGAAGAUCCUAUCUUACCUUAGUGCAAAACGUUACACUCCAUCUCCUGCUAUCAUUUUCAAUGGUAUACUUUCGAUAAUUUAUAUUAUACCUGCAGAUAUCAACACACUCAUUAACUAUUUCAGUUUUGCUGUGUGGAUCUCUUAUGGUGCAGCUACGCUCUCGUUAAUUGUCAUGAGAUUCACAAGAAAAGAUCUAAAAAGACCAGUAAAGAUUCCAAUUGUCAUACCGAUUAUUGUGACAGUGAUCUCUAUUUACCUUGUGUUUGCUCCAAUCAUUGAUCAACCGGAGUGGGAAUACCUCUACUGCGCAUUAUUUAUCUUUGGUGGUGGCUUCAUACUUUAUUUCCUGUUUGUCUACUAUAAGUUUAACUGGACCAGGAAAAUGAUGAGACCCAUUACACUUCAUUUACAACUGCUGAUGGAGGUUGUUCCACCUGAACAAUAUCAGGAGUGAAAUAAAAUCAUGUAUUAUACACUGUAUUGUAGUUUAUAUUAAUAUUUUCAUAUAUAAUGUAUUGUGCCUCUGUGAAAAUUGUACUGGGUAUUUGUUGCCAUCAAAGUACCCUCUGGAAAAUAUUGCACACUAUGCUUGUUAAUAGGAUCUUUUCAUCUGUAAAUGUCAUUUUAAUUUCUGUAAAUAAGAUAUCUUUCUGCAGUAUAAAACAUUGAAGACAUGUAAUAAAUUAUUUAUGUGAUAUGUUAUCUACAAGAACAUUUUUAAAGCUAAAAUCUGUUUUUGCAUUUGAAGGUCAGAUGCACUCAGAAUAUUGCUUGCUAUGAAUACAGAACAUUUAUUAUGGAAACAGCAAAACUAGUAGAAAAUGCUGUUUUGAGUUGCAGAAUUAACCAAGAUAUGUUUUAAGUGAAAGUGCUCAUCCUUCAUUCUGCAAUAGUUCGGAUUUAAUUAAAGUAAUGCCAGGAAAGAGUGACAUAGUAAAACUACAGAUGAGGGUUUCUGGAUCCACAUAUUCUUCCCAUCACUGUGUACCAUGGCUAAUGCCACCACGGCACACAAACUUCCAUGUUAUAUCCCUCAGUAUUCCUACAGUAUGGUGUCAUAUAUUCCUUAUGUUGUUUUGAGUUACACCUCAGUUUUUUAAAUCUAUUUCCUGUGAAAGGAUGUUCCUUUCCACUAGCUGCUAAAAUUCUUCAUCUAAUCACUCUUGCGUUAUCAUCCAUGUUCUUUUGCCUCCUUGUUAAUAAACAAUUCUAUUAUUGAA